CUCUCUCAGAGCGACUAGUGAAAGUGUGAUUCCCGCUGGCCGCGUCGAAUCGUGUCGCUUCACAUGUCUCGGGAAAAGCCCGUUUAAAUCCCCGCGCGGAGUUUAUCAGUCGCUGCUUUCGCUUUAUUUGUUCGUCUUUCACACUCCAGGACCGUUGACGGAUUUUGAGGCGGAAGUUGUGACAGGUACGAUCGUUUGAGCUGUCGGCGUGAAGAAUGCUGUCCUGAGAUCAGCUUUACAGCGCGGACGCUUCACACAGACAUGCCCAGACACAAUAUGGAAACACAGAGGAGCCAGUGGGAGCCGGUCAGAAGAUCGCCGUGGAUCAUGAGAGUGGAGCAAAGCCCCGCCUCCUCGGGGGCGGAGUCAGACACAGAGGGCAGCAGCACCGAGAGCGAACGGUGUCGAGCCAAACAGACAGAUGGAGAUUUACUGACGUCACCAUCCAUGCUGCAGCAGCAAAUCACGGAGCUCGACCAGCAGAGGGAGGAGCUCAAGAUUGAGCUGCAGCUGGAGGUGGCGCUGCUGCGAGGGGAGCUGCAGGCCGAGCAGGAGCGUCUGCGCAGACACACAGAUCAGCUGCAGGUGUUGCAGGAGAAGGACAGGCAACGGAAGAGCCAACACUUGGCCACCAGACAGAAGGAGCGAGUUCAGCUGGAGGAGCAGCGGCUGAAGGUGGAGCAGAUGAAGAGGAGGUGUAAGGAGAUGGAGAAACAGAUUCCCUCACAGCCAGAAGACCAGCGAGGGCAGCUGCUGCUUCGACUACAACAGGGGCGGGACUAUCUGACUGAUAUUACUGAAGAGGAGAAGGAUGUGCUGGAGGCCACAGUACGAGCGUUUGAAGACAUGGAGUUCCACGUUCUGGAGCUGGAGAGCGGAGUGGAAGACGAGCGAGAAGGAGAAGAUGGAGAAAGCGAAACGGUCAUCGAAAGAGAAAUAACCAGAGUACAACACACGCGCAACGCGUCUCAGGAACGAGUCCAGCAACUGGAAAACCAGCUGAAGGAAAUGGAAAAAGAAAAGGAUAAAGCGCUGAGUUCCCUCAGACAGGAGAAGAAAGAGCUGCUGCACAAGUCUCAGAGGAUUUUGAAAGAGAAGAAGCCCCUCACCGAUUGGUCCAACAUCACAGGCUCCACCCCCUGUGUGAUGUCACACAGUCCUCUGACCAUUCACAGAGCAGCACAGGAAUCGCUGAAGGAUUCGUCCAGUUUGCCCCGCAGACGCAGCUCGCACAGGAAAAUCACAGACAGGCCGCUCUCUGCGCAAGUGUUGGUGCGAAUGACUCCGGACAGACAAACCUCAGAGGCUCCGUCGCCUCGCCUUCUUCAUCCCGCCCACAGACUGAGUAAUGGACAUUGUAAUGGGCUGAGAUCAGCAGCGCAGGCCGAUGGGAACGGCUCGCACACGCCGUGCAACAGCGCCGGCACCUCUCGCGCGCCCAGCCCACAGAGCCUCCUGGAUCUGGUGGAGAUCGAGAGGAAACUCCGGGAAGCCAAAGCGGAGCGGGAACGUCUGCUGAAGGAAAGAGAGGAGCGGCAGCGGCGGCUGCUGGCAGAACAACGGCGACAGAACGAGCAGGAAUCUCUGAAAAUGCAGACAGACGCAGCCAAACUAGAGACGCAGGCUGAGGAGAGACUGCAGAUCAACUCAACACACAAGAACCUGGAGGGCGUCCCGCUGUCCCUGACGGUGAACUUUGACCUGCGGGCUCACGUGGAGUCUCUGGGUCAUAACGUGGCGGGCUGUAUGGGGGUGAACCUGUCCGCCCGGCGGUGCGGCGGCUUUCUGACCAAACGCGGAGGACGAGUGAAGACGUGGAGGAGGAGGUGGUUCAUCUUCGAUCUGGACCACCAGAGACUGGCCUACUACACCGAACUCGACGAGAAGAAACUCAAAGGUGUGAUUUACUUCCAGGCCAUCGAGGAGGUUUAUUACGAUCAUCUGCGAACAGCUACAACCUCUCCGCGGCCCAGUCUGACGUUCUGCGUGAAAACAUACGAGCGGUUGUUCUUCCUGGUGGCUCACAGCGCUGAAGCCAUGAGGAUCUGGAUGGACGUCAUAGUCACGGCCACAGACGAACACAGCCGAUACUGAUGAAAGCUGCGGAUCAGACCACUCAGGACUCUAGGAGCAGAGCAUGCUGGGAUACGUGUGAUUGACAGACAGUCAGUGCUGAGAUUGGACAUGAGGGGUUUGUGUUCUGCUGCCACCUGCUGUUACACUACCAGAACACACCUCAGUGACUCACUUUAUUUAUUACUGUUACAGAUUGAUUUUUUUGUCAUAUUUUGCUAUUGAAAUGGGGAAAUUGAUUCUGUAAAGUGUUAAUAAAUAUUUACAUUCCAAACAACGUGUCGGGACACACAUGUUCACUGUUAUUCUGUGUACAAGGAGCAAGGAAAGAAAAAUAUUAAUUAAUAAAAAACUUUCCAAAUGCAUCUUUAAUAAGACCAAGAUAGGG